ACAAAAAUUCUUUCACUGUUUGGCCUAGCGAUUACCCCGCUCCAAAAUGGCGACGACAGAGACGAGUCGCACGCGCCGGAUCCUGCAUAUAUUAUCCAUGUGAAAACAUUAUCUCCGUCCGUGGAGGAACACAUGCUGACCGCCCUUCAAGUCAGAGACACUGCACAGAAAUAGGACGACGAUGAAAAGCUGGACGUUUAUCGUAAUGUAAACAAACAAACAAACAAACAGCUUAGCCAUGUCCGGAGCGUUAGCGAGGCUGCUCUUCUACCCGACGUUAGCCUACAAUGUUGUGAUGGAGAAGGUGUCGUCGAGACGGUGGUUUGACCGGGUGGACCAGACGGUGAUCCUGGGAGCCCUGCCGUUCAGGUCCAUGACCAAGCAGCUGGUAGAAACAGAAAAUGUCCGAGGAAUUAUCACCAUGAAUGAGAUGUAUGAGACCAAAUAUUUUUGCAACUCAGCUGAGGAGUGGCGAGCUGCAGGGGUGGCACAGCUGAGGCUGAGCACCGUUGACCUCACUGGCGUCCCCAGCCUGGAGAACCUGCACCGAGGUGUAGAGUUCGCUCUGCAGCACCGCGAGCAGGGAACCAGCGUGUAUGUCCACUGCAAGGCUGGGCGCUCCCGCAGCGCCACACUGGUCGCUGCGUACCUCAUUCGGCUACACUGCUGGACUCCAGAGGAGGCCUAUGAGAAGCUGGCGUCUGUUCGGCCCCACAUCCUGGUGCGCUCCUCUCAGCUGGAGAUGCUGAGGAAAUACUACCAGCAGGUGUGUGGACAGUGCAGCUGAGAGCGCACGGCGACGGGUCGGACCUCAGUAUGCUCCUACAGCAGCUGGAAGGCUGGAGACUCAGAGCUGAGCUUAAAGCCACCGUGACAUAAAACGCAGCUGCUGUCUCUUCAGUCAGUCAAAGAAGAGUGAAGAGAAAACUCCAUGUUUGUUUGUAGACCAAAUUUCAAGACUUACUGGCACAUUACAGAUUUUAGUGGUUAAUUCAUGACAGUAAUGAUUUCAAAAAUUUAAGUCACUGACUUUUUUGUUACCCAAGUGACUCCUUGCUGUGAUCACCAGGAGCUAAAACCUUGAAACAUGUAAAGCUCAGAUCGUAUGGUAAAAGAAAUGGAAACAUUUUUGAAAUACCUGAAGCCCCAUUUUAUGACCUUCCACUCCUCACUAUCCUGUUUAAGCCUCUAAAAUUCCAUAAAACAACAGGGCCGACCUGUUUCCACUCCAUGUUAUAGAACUGCUGUGUGCUUGUUACAGUGUUUCAUGGAAGACAUUUCAGUUUAUCAAGUUUUUUCUUUGGUGCCUCACAACUUGAGAAUGACGCUAAAUACAGUCAGUACAGUCUAAUGCGCUUUAUGUUCAUUUAUUUUUAGUAUUAAGGCAUUACUGGAAAAAACGUGUAUACAGUAUGUGUCUGAGCGUAGUUCCAUUAAUGUGAUAGAAUUACUGCUAUGACUCUGACAGAGCACAGCUGUUGCACACAGUACGACAGUGCACCACCUCCAUUUUAGCCAGAGCAGAAAAGGAACUAAGUUCAUGUGCUCGAGACCAGUAGCAGUGCCUCCCUUCACCUGUUACUUCACUCCUUCCUUCUUCAUUUGAUUUCAAUGCAUGAAAAAACUAAAAGCGGAAAGUUUUUCACUAAACUGCAGCAUACUUUUAAUCUUUGAGUAUUUUUUACUACUAAAUCUUUUUAACUGAUACUUAAUUUUACUUGUAAAAUAUUUUCCCAUUGUAGUAUUUGUAUUUUUGCUAGUAUUUAAGUAGGAAAACUAUUCCACCACUAGUUUUGGAGUAUAUCAUAUGGUUAUUAUAUUGAUGAAACCAGUCUCAGCAAUUGUAGUGCACUGUACAACAACACAGUAAGACUAUAUAUCAUAAUGUCAAGCAGAAACAAGUGUCAAGACAUUUAACAUAACUCCUGGAAUAGACCAGUUGUUUGCUUGUGUUUCUCAAUAUUUCAUUUAAUUUUCAAAUUUAUUAAAUAAUUCAAUAGA